UACUCCGCGCUACUUUCUCAAGAAAAACGCGCACACAAUGAAGCAAGCAUCUAACUGACAUACAAAGUAAAGCACCGAAAAGUGGUAUCGUGCAAUAGCAGACAGAUGGAAAAAGUCCAGACGCAAACGAGCAGUGAAACGCUGCAGCGCUGUAUCCCUGAUGCGUGCCGCGGAACAGGCAUAGAGUAUUAACUUUAUGUUCGCAGGCUGGGGCUCUGUGCUAGGAAACAUGAGAAGGGUGACAUAUUCAGUUUCUCGGGCUGAGAAUCGGAGGCCACUGAAUAAAGCAGAAAGGCGACCGCGGUUCGUGUGGUUUUAGCUCAGGAACUUAGAACGGGAACAUGUGAGCAGGGAAUGGACAACUGGAAGCAGGAUUACAAACUACACAGAGAAGCAGGCGUGCUGCCGUACAGGAGACUCACCGGGACACGGGGGCAGCAGCAGCUUCAAUAAGAAGUCAAGUGCAACACUUUCGCGAAGACAGACAGACUUUUACGCAGCAGAUCAUACGGAGGAAUACCGAACCAAAGAUGAAUACUAUUGUGUUUAACAAAUUGAGUAACCAGGUCCUCUUCGAUGAGAAGGCGAAGGAGGCCGAGAGGAGCAGUAGAAAUUAUUUAGAGGUAAUAGAUGGACAGCAUCCGGACCUUCAUCCAGACAUGCUAUCAAGCAAUCAUCAAGUUAUCAAAGACAACAACGGCAUCAGACACAGGAGGCCUACAGUCUGCAACCUUGACAACUACGUUAUGAAAACAAAAUCUGAAAAGGGCCGUCAGAACGGUGGGAAGGUGCGACACAAGCGCCAGGCUCUACAGGACAUGGCUCGGCCUCUGAAGCAGUGGCUCUACAAACACAGGGACAACCCAUACCCCACUAAGACAGAGAAAAUCCUGCUAGCCCUCAGCUCUCAAAUGACCUUGGUCCAGGUGUCUAACUGGUUUGCCAACGCCAGGCGGAGGCUGAAGAACACAGUGAGACAGCCAGAUCUGAGCUGGGCGCUGCGCAUCAAACUCUACAACAAAUAUGUCCAGGGAAACGCAGAGAGACUGAGUGUCAGCAGCGAUGAUACCUGCUCAGAAGACGGGGACAACCCUCAGCGUAUGCAGACGAGCGGUGGCGAGUUCAGCAAGCCCAUGUACCAGAGCGUCAUCAAGAAAGAGGGUGCCACCAUGAUGGGGACGGGGCUCCGAGCCGCUGACGCCGCCUCAUUGGCCGAGGACUACGUGACUCCGCCUCCUAAGUACAAGAGCAGCUUGCUUCACCGGUACCUUAACGACUCGCUGAGACACGUGAUGGUGGCCAACGGCGUCAUGGACGCCAGGAAGAGGAACCACUCGGGAUCCUUCAGCUCCAACGAGUAUGACGACGAUCUCCUCUCCCCGUCGUCCUCAGAAACCGAGGCAAACUUUGUUUAUCGAGCUGAAACCAUGGACCAUGGAUCAAGUAAAUGUGACAACGGUGGUGUUCAGAAGGAGAAGGUACGGGGCAAAGAUGAGACGUACUGGAAAGAGAUCAACGCAGCCAUGGCCUUGACUAACCUGGCGCAGGGAAAGGACAGCAGCGGAUCAGGGACGACCAGCUGCAUCAUCCAGAAGUCCUCUCAUAUAUCAGAAGUAAAGACUGUCAAAGUGCCUCUGGUGCAGAAGUACUAGCACCUAUCACGGAGUCGUCUGUCUCCAACUCAUCUUCCCUUCUACUCUCUAUGCAACACCAACCUUCCCUCUGAAAACUCACUCGGAAGAGACAGUCAAAAACAAGAAACAAGUACUCUCUUUUUUCUGUCUGUAAACAUGCAGCAGAACUGAAGACAUCCUAUUUUGGUGUGUGGGUUGUGUUUUGACCUGCAUCACAUGAUUUAGACAGGUGUUGACAUGAUCAUCGUUAACUGCAUUGUUCAGUUCUGAACGAGACACUUUUGUUAUGUUAACUUAUUUGAUGUAUCUGAAUUUCAUUUUUUUUUUUUAUACUCCGAAAUUUGUAUUGUACUUUUGCCAAAGUGCCUUUUUGGAAGCAAAGCAACACACCCUUUGUGGUUAAUAAUGUACAGAGUGCCUCUGGGAACAUAAAGGACUAUCUGAAGAGGCAAAAUAAUAUGGUCUUAUAAGCUUCUUCUGAAGGACUCCCCCCCUCCAUAAUAUGUGCCUUACAACGUGAAUGAAUUUAGCUGACCUUAAAUAACAUGUGUACUAUUCUAAUUUAUCAAGACACACACACACACACACACACACACACACACACACACACACACACACACACACACACACACACACA